AUGACCAUUAAUGUGACACUUCAAAUACGUACGGAAUCUUACCAUCCACGUGAAUCAGGUCAACCGGUUCCUGAUGAUCAAUACAUCAUCAUCGAUGAUGAUGAAAAUAAUGUUGAACCUAUGGAAAUCGAUCAAAUGAAAAACAAUAACAACAAUAAUCAAAGUACAACAACCAAGAACUUCACAACAACAAUGCACGACAAUUUUGAUCGAAUUCGACAUGCUUAUAUAGUCGAUAAUACUUGCAAUGAUAAUAGUAAUAAUCAAAGUUUUGGCUUCAAUAUCGAAUCAAAUAAUAUCGAUAAUAACGUUCUUCCAAGUAAUAUCAACUUAAAUUCAGGUAAGGCUGAUGAUGAACAAGAAUUUAGUGAAUGGUUUUCUCGUACUUUUUUCGAAAAUGCUUACAGACCUUUUGCGUAUCUUGAUUAUCUUGACAUCAAUUUAGAUGAUAUUUUCAGUCCGUGGGACGAUAACAUGGAUUUUAGUAUUGACGAAGUCUUUACCUCCUGGGAUGUGAACAAUCCAUAAAAAAAAUGAUUUGAUUUGUAGUUUUGAAAAUAUUAUCGUCGCUUAAUGAUAAUAUUGGGUCUUGUUGUUUGUUGAACUUGUAGUUUAGUAGUAGCCAUUUUAUUUCUCUUUUGCGAUUGUAUAUUGUUGCUACAUAUAUGGUAUUUUUGUCGAUUCAUAUUGCAUAUUCUUUGCUCUAGUCGUGUUUUGGUUUGUGUAGAGGUAUCCUCUUCUUGUUCUUGCUCUUGAUUGAUCGAAGAAGUAGGUUGUGUUUUGAUAUUAUUCUUCCUGGUUUGUGAUAUUUGCUCCUUGAUUGUGAUUUUGUUUCGCUUCGUCGGAUUGUAACUCCUUUUAUGAAAAGAAUAAAGAUAAAUGAAUUAUAAAAAUUAAAAAAAACAUGUCCAACAAAAUCCAACCCCUCACUUCCCCGCAGUGUUGGAUGGGCAACGUCAUCUUGACGGCUAAGAAGGGCUCUGGUGUAGGCAACGAAACUGGUCAAAUCAGGAAUGUUUUGUCGUAACACGAAAACAAUCUAACCUAAGUAUCAACCGCUAGUAAAGCAUGAUAAUGUGUAAGGUAACCAUAAUCCGUAGACUCUAGUUACUAAACGGAAAGGGUCAGGUGGCUCUAUGGAUGCACCAAUUCCAAUUAUAAUCAAUUUCAAUUCAAACUCUUGCCUUGGAAUUCGCGGAAUUGCUAUGAAUUGGAAUUAGUGGAAUUGAAAUUGGUCUGGAAUUGGCUGGAAUUGACUAUUAGGUUGAGGAAAAAGUUCGUGCGCCGCGUUAAAAUAAUGAUUUUUUAUGCAUGAAUUUAUUCAAAAAAAACAACAACUAUUCUUCAAAAUAAAGACCAUCAUUGCCCACGACCUUCUGUCAACGAUCUGCAAGCUUUCGGAUUUGGUCAAAGUAUCACUCCUUCGGCUUUGAAUCGAAAAAUUCGUGACAUGCUUCUUCAACUUCAUCUAAGGACUCAAAUCGGCGACCUUUCAUAAAGUGCUGCAUUGAUCGGAAGAGAUCGUAGUCAGAUGGAGCAACGUCUGGACUAUAGGCUGGAUGCGGCAGAACUUCAACACCGUCCAAUUCUUCCAACUUUUUGCUAGCGUUUCUGGCGGUAUGCGGCUUUGCAUUGUCUUAUUGAAACAAAGCGCGUUUUCGACGAACAAGACUUGAGUACUUUUCAACCAGUGCAUCGUAGACUCGAUCAAGUUGCUCGCAGUAAAGUUCAGCGUUGAUGGCGCCACCAUUCGGCACAAGUUCAAAAUGCAAGAUUCCUUCGAAGUUCCACCAAACGUAAAUCAUGAUCUUCUUUCCAAAUUGAUUUUGCUUCGGAACGGAUGGA